UCCCACAAUGAACUGGAGGGUCAACUCCCUGCAUGCCUUGGCAAUUUGAUGUCUCUACGUACACUUGAUCUUCAACAAAAUCGUUUUGAAGGAACCUUUCCAUCCUUACUCUUCCAUUCUUCGAGGUCCCUAACAGCAAUUACUCUUUCUGACGACAAUUUCAGUGGGUCAUUUUCAUUGUCUUUGCUUGCCAACCACUCCAGCCUCAAAAUAUUUAGAGUCAUAUGCUUUAAUACCAACCUCAGGCUUGAAAUUGAGAAUCCCCCAUUUAUCCCUUCCUUCCAGUUGAGAUCUUUCGUAAUCCGCAACUGCACUCUGAAUGAAGCCAGCAAUAAAACAAUGCCUACUUUUCUUCUUUAUCAAUAUGACUUGCUAUUUCUAGAACUUAGUCACUUGAACAUUUCAGGAACUUUCCCUUCAUGGCUUUUAACAAACAACACGGGAUUAAAUGAUUUAAAUCUGACGCACAACUUGUUCACCGGUCCCUUUCAACUUAAUUCCUCCUCAAAAUUGCUUCACAUGGAGUCAUUUGAUAUUUCCUCUAACCCUAUUAGAGAUGAAAUACCUUCUCAUAUUGGCUUCAUUUUUCCCAACUUGAUCUCUCUUGACAUGUCUUCAACUUUGUUGCGAGGUAGAUUUCCAGCUUCAAUAGGUGAAAUGAGACAAUUGAAUGAUCUUGACUUGUCAAAUAAUAAUUUAUCUGGUUAUUUGCCCCAAAAAUUUGGUGAGGGUAACAAUGAGUUGAGAUUUUUGAAGUUGUCAAACAACAACCUGAGUGGCCCGUGUUUGCCCAUAGGAUCAAAUUUCACAUAUUUGUUGUUUUUGGAUCUCAACAACAAUAACUUCGGACGAAAGCUAGAAGGUGGGGUCAUGAAUAGUACUGAAUUAAGAAUGUUGGAUAUAAGUGCCAACCAAUUAUUUGGUCAAAUGCCUAGCUGGAUCAGAAAUUUUCAACAUUUGAGCUACCUCAUAUUGUCAAAGAAUUCUUUAACAGGUCCACUACCAAAAAGCUUUUGCAACUUGACUGAACUUACAUAUCUAGACCUUUCUUACAAUAAAUUCAAUGGCUCUUUGCCAAGUUGUCCAAAUACGCCAUUGUUGAAGUAUUUGCAUUUGCAGGGCAACCAUUUCAUGGGACCUCUGCCUUUGGCUAAUUCUCCCUCACUGUUGAUUUUGGAUUUGACAAAUAACAAUUUUUUGAUGCACCAAGGGAAACUGAAAUAUGACAUUUUAUUGUGUCAUGGGCUACGAGAUUGUCAAUAUUUUACAACAAAAAGCAGGUAUGAAUCUUACAAAGGAAGCAUUUUAGAUUUCAUGUCUGGGUUGGAUAUCUCGAGUAAUCAAUUGAUAGGUGAGAUUCCCGCACAAAUUGGAUACUUAGGCACUAUCCAUGCAUUGAAUUUGUCAAACAAUCAAUUGAAAGGGCGUAUUCCGGAUACGUUUUCAAACCUCAAGCAGAUAGAAAGCCUUGAUCUUUCACACAACAAAUUAUCAGGCUACAUUCCUGCACAACUAACUCAGUUGUACUCCUUGUCUUUCUUCUCAGUGGCUCAUAAUAAUCUAUCUGGAACAACACCUGACAUGAAAAAUCAAUUUUCAACUUUUGAUUCUGCUAGUUAUGAAGGAAACCCUUUUCUAUGCGGUCCCCCUUUGCAGCAAAAUUGCUCAAUAGCACGGAGAAACAGGCAACCUCAUCAUUUGGCAUCUGAUGAUUUUCGAGAUGCUUUCUUAUGGAGUUUUGCCGGAGCAUUUGCAGUAUUUUUUAUAGGUGUCAUUACAGUUCUUUAUUUGAACCCUUACAUUUGCAAUUACAAACUACUCGUAUUAGAGAGAGAUAUAACAAGUUAUAUGUAUGAGUGGUGGCAAAAAAGAAAACAGUUUUAAUUAUAGUUCAUGAGAUUUUGAUUAUGUAACAGAUGGCUUGGUGAUCUUUUCGAGAAUUACAAUAACCAAAAGACUGCUGGUUUCGAGUCUUCUCAGGAUCAGAAAGGAAACUUAAUUGGAAUAUUCGAAUCAUUACUUCUCA